AUGGGUCAGACGCAGUGUUCUUUCCCGCAGGUAAGUUUAGUACAUGGCAAUGUGUAGGGCUUGCAUGAGCAUGUUGUGGGCCUAUCUGUAUUUGUACGUAGAAAUAGUAUAAAAAUAAUCUUGCUGUGAGUUAACGAUGAUUAAGUUUGGUUCUCCUAUGAGCCCCUGCGGCGAUUCGCGUGUAUUCUGCUGCAUUUUGCGGCUAUUUACAACAGUGUCAAGCAGAAUCCAGUUGGUGCAUAAGUUGUCAUUGCGUGUACAUUGUUCCAGGCACAAUCAAAAGAUAUAUUGCCUUUAUACUGUUAUCUCGAGGGAAGGGUCUUUGUAAAACUAUCUGUUUUGUAAGGCUAGGCCUUGCUCCUCAUAAUCAGAGGAUUUCUGUUCAAACUCACUUUUGUUCUGGUUUCUGCCAUCGUCUUUAUUUUGCUUACAGUGAAUACAAUCACGAAGGUAAUUACAGUAUUUGCCGAGUCUUUGUCGAAUCAAUGGGUAUGAAAGGUCAAUUAGGGUUACAGAUAAAGAUCGGGGUGCCAGGAUGACCGCUUACGUCCUGUCAGCGCGCGUCUUCCUGCGGCACCUCAACCCAGGUGCUGGCACCCAUAGGCCCACUUGGUCUGUGAACAUUCUAGCUCCAACUAUCUAGCCAUCUGAGCAUAUAUUCAUGCUUUCUGCCGGCGAGACUCGGAACGUAAUCAGUGAACGUCGACGUUCACCAAUCUGUCCUAUUUCCAUGGAACACGUACGUUAAAUUAUUUGGAACCUAUUGGGGCCAAAAAAUUCGGACACUGUUUGGAAAGCCAUCGAGACCCCAAGGCUUUUUGUGACAAACACUCAAUUAUUUAAGUAGAAAAUAAGCGGCCAAAUUUUUCUAUGAACGAAGUAUAAACCACUUUUCUUUCGAAUCCUUCUAAACAAAACUGUUUGCUCUAUAUACAAGGAAAUAGGAAUACCGGAUAAACGGUUCUGUCCUUCUGUUCAUUGCUUCAUUGGCUAUCAUGUCGAUGGCCUAAUUACCGUCGCCAGUGAUUGGUGGCUUGCACUUUUGCUCAGGAUUAAUUUUUAUCUACAAAAAGUCCGUGUUGACUUUCCGCUGCCCAUCCGCUGACACCCAUGCGUGGCGAACGUGUCUCUGGCGCAGUCGCUCGUGACGAAAUUACUUUCAGUAGGUGGGCGUAAGCCUGACCAAAUACAUAAGUAAAUAAAUAAGGACCUAUAUCUCAGGUCUAGCCUUCAAUUUCCUCCAUUUCUCUCUAACUCUGAAUAUAACAUUACAUUUGUCUUUGUUACAAUAAAUUGUCCACUUAAGCCGUUACUAGUUACACGAAGUCUGGAUAGCCUUCAGCGGGUUUCGCGAUAUUCGCCGUCACUACAGACUUAUUUGAUAAGAUCAGGUAAAUCGCGUACAGGUCAAUAAACAAUUUAUUCUGUCAAUGGAAGGUAAUCCUGCCUUUAUCUUUUGCAGAUACAACUGAACCUCAGUUAAUAAAACGACAGCGAGCAAGUUAGAACAGUAUAAAAGAUCACCGGUUUGACAAGAACAAAGCUUUAAACACUAUACAGUUGGCGAGAACUUUCUGUAACAUAAAGCUGAGGAUUUUAACAGGAAAUUGCGGAAAUCAGCAGACUAAUUUAGUGCCACAGAGAAAUCCCGAGGUUUUUUCUAGAUGUCUGCACGACCCUCCAAGAUAAAGUUAUGGAAACGAACCAUAAUGAAUGAGAAAGCAGAUAAAAAUCUGUUGCUAAGGACGGUGCAUCAGAAAGCGCUGAUUUUGUUGGUUUUCCUUGUAUUUACAGCUCCUUUUUCAAUGCUGCCAAAGUGAAGCAAAAGAAAAUCUUUUGACAUUUUUCAACAACGCUGGCGAAAGGGAUCUCAUUCAGGUACUUCUUGCUUACCUAGGACUCUCUUUUUGACUGGAUCGAUUCUAAAAUUGCACUCAUUAUGCUAGCAGUGAUCGCCAGCUAAAGGACGCGAGUAACAGCUAUCUGCCUGUUGAAACAGAAGUGAUGUUUUUCCGUUUCAUAAACCGGUAUUUGGCCAAUUGUUAGCUUCACAGCACCCAGAGGAGCUUUUCACUGAACAGUGAACAGCUCUAUCAGUGCAUGUAUGUCUUACCACGACGGGCAAGUUUCUAUGCUACCUGGCAUUACCACAAAGGUUUCUUGACAAUCACGGAGGUGCAGUAUGCAUUAAAACUCGUUAAUUGCUGGCUGCGUUUUUAGAUGUCCCAACACUCAGCAAACAAUUACAUAAGUGCAAUUUUAAUGCCGAUUAACAUGGAAUGUAAUUAACGCUUGGCAUAAUCCUGAGAGUUCGGUCGUCGCGAGAGACGAUAUCCACCACCCACUCCACAGUAUGGUGGACACAGGGAUGGUGACUUACGCGGGAAUUAGUUAAUAUGGACAGUGAACUUGCGCUGCAUCCACUGUAUUCUAUCCUCCCUCACCCACUUGUGCCCGAUGUCAGGUCGGAGACAAGAAGGUCAGAGAGGCGGAUGAGAGCACAGUCGUUAACAAAACCAAACAGCCGGUUUACGCAUGCCUCACACGCCUGGUCUGCGCACGAUGGACCAGGUUUUCACGCAGAAAAGAGAGGGACGUCUCGGAUCCCAACUGAAUGGGAGUGUCAUAGAAGCCACAUUAAAAAGGAGCCAUUACAGCCCGACUUUUCCCUUCUGAGAGGAGGACGGAGAUAUCUCGUCAGUCGGCAGCCUUUUAAGCCACGGCCUUUAGCGCGCCGUGGUUGCUUAGAAGCAAUCGCCGUGGGAACGGAGUCUCCACAGUCGACCACACCUUCUUCCAGACACCAGUACACUGUCCGAGCUAGUCCGUCAUCUGGUACGGGGUUUGGGCGCAGGUGGUUGGCAUUGCGUAAGCCUGCGCGUAAGUGUGCUAAUACAAUCCAUGUACGGCAUUUUUCACGAGUGCUCAGGUCAAAUUACGCUUGCCGUACCCCUAUCUGGCUUCCGUGUCGGUCCAGCGCAUCUUCCGUAUUGAUCGUUGUAGGGACUAAUAACAUAACCCAGAACUUACUACACGACAGUUUCACUCGUUCCGUUUUGCUUAACGGGCUCUCUCUCUUGAGCCCAACCAGCAGCCGCACAUCGGCGCAUGAUAUAGGCAGUAUGUAUGAGUUCCGUAAGAACGAUCGGUGAGCGCCCCCUACCAUUGUAUAUUCCCGAUCGAAAACCGACCAGGCAACGAGCUCGUGACCCAAUGGUUAGAGACGUGGACUUCUAACUAACAGGCUGCGAGUUCGAGCUUCGGGUGUUCCAAACUUCGGGGUUGGGUAUGACUGGCUGAUGACGACUAACAAGCCAGAAAUGGCCAUUCCAGUCUCCCUUGUCUUUGUCGGUAAUAACAUACUACACGAAAGUUUGGCCGUCGUGAUCGGCGAUGUCGACCGUGUGUUUCAUUGCAGGGUGGGAGCAGGGACGGAGCACGGACGCAGGUCAAGUCAAAGUGAUAGUAAACUUGCGUAGCAUCUGCCACAUUCUCACUUCGUCGUCGUCGUCGUCGUCGUCGUCGUCGUCGUCGUCGUCGUCGUCAUCGUCGUCGUCGUCGUCGUCGUCCUCCUCCUCCUCCUCCUCCUCCUCUACCUUCUCCACCUAGACCUGUUGUUAGGACAGAGUCAGGUAAACCGGAGGCGGGAGCGGACGCAGGUGGUCGGCACGAUGUAAACCUUCGCCUAGGCGUCAACAACGGGUGUUGAAAGUAGUGUUCGACAAGACAAAGAUUCCCAAUCAAAAGUCAGGGAAGACGGAGUGAGUUGGACAACCUUUACUGCUUUGGGAGUGCGUACACAAAGGCUCUGUAGGCAGUCGCCGCAAGCGCGCUCUCCAGGCCAGUUGUUCCUUCUGUGUCCGCCUUCGAGGUGCUGAGACCCAGCGCGUGUGUGCGCCUUUCGUUGUCACCGCGUCCGCCAGCCAAUCAGAGGGGGGACAGCGUUGACUGGCCUGAGCAGAAAUUUUUACACCAAGGGACUAGGGGGGCCGCAGGGAUCUCAAUUGGCAACUGGGUCUGCCGCCGCAUGCCAAUUUUCGCAUUUGUUAUUGGCUGCGCAUUCCCAAUAAAAUCGUCCGGACUCCGAUGUAGCCCUCGUGAUGGUCCAUUGCACCUACCACGCGUGACCCGUUUUGGGGGCAACACUCAGAACUAAAUAACACGCGGUAGGAUGCCGAAUUUUAAUUGGACACGGUCCUGGCGGCCUGUAUCGAUCCCACUGCGUAUGCAAUGGGUCUUUUUUCCAUCGAUUUCCGAUUCCCGUGGAAGUCUAAUCAUACUUUCUAGAGAUAGCACCCUAAAAUUUACGUCUUCUUCAAAUCUUGUACUUGUUGGUAGUUUGCAUUUCAACUUCGAAAAAGGGUUUUCUACUUCCAUAUAUUUUCUGUACAUACUUGUGAGAUGUUUUCGGACCCACGAAUAUUACGUGUUAUUUGGAUCAUACUGCGCACUCUGAAGGCCACAUUAUUUAGCCAGCGGUUAUCAGGCUACAAUAAAGAUCAUACUUGAACUUCAGGGAGUCAUGUAAUCAUAAGUUUUAAAAAUUAAGAUACUCUCUUCCACCAGGCUUUGCCGUUAAAAAAGGACAAUUCUCUACAAAGAGCGUAGAAAGGGAAACACUUGGACAUCUUUUUGGAAAGUCUACUAGCGAACAUACAGUAGGUGUGCUAACUCAUGAAAUAUUGGCCGAAAUUCUAAAAUGCGCUUUCGUUCCGAAGAGAUUACUUUAGUAGGGCUUUAAAAGCAAUCAUCAUGCAGCAUAAUUGUAUGAUAAUUCAGAUACCUCGGGAUGCCAUCUUUCGAAGGAACAUCUUUCCGGCCGCAUGCAAAAACCGCACGCUGUAAAAGAUGAUUACUAAAAUAGCAUGAAUGUUUCUCACGGAUUUUCGAUGCCCUUAAAAAUUCAAUUAUAUUUCUUGGAAAGCAUGCAUAGAAAUAUUCAUUAUUUUACUCAUUCGGUCGAAAAUUACGUCUUCUCUCAAUUAUACUCGAAAGAAGGGUUAUGAUUCGGUUUUAAAAUAGUUUCUAAUUAUGAGAUUUUUUAAUACCGUGACAUGUCCGUUCAUAAAACAUCGUGUUUCUGCAUUUACUAAUGUUGCUUGUUAAGUUUACAAUAUGGCUCAAAUUCACUGCGUAAUUUUCUGAGCCCCAUAUGGUCUCCAUUAAAUAUUCUUUAGCAAUGUAUGGUUUUCCGUACGCAGAAUAUAAAUGGUUUGCAGUUUGUAAAUCCUGAAUACAAGUGUAACGGCAGGUCGGGUUCAAAAUUAUUCGGGAAUUGGGAAAGAUUUUGAAAACCGAAUUAUACCGUUUCUUCAAGUAUAAAAUUCGAAGAAGACGUAAUUUUCUACGAAAUGGGUAAAAGGAUGAAUAUUUUUAUGCAUGCUUUCCAAGAAAUAUAAUCGAAUUUUCAAGGACAUCGAAAAUCAGCGAGAAAAAAUCAUGCUACUUAAGUAGUCACCUUUUGCAGGGCGUGUUUUUUGCUUGUGACCGGAAAGAUGCUCGUUCGAAAGCCGGCAUCCCAAGGUAUCUGAGUUACUAUAGAAUUCUGCUGAGCGAUGAUUACUUUUAAUACCCUACUUAAUCGAUCUUUUCGAAACGAAAACACACUUCAAAAUUCCUAUCAACAUUUCAUGAGUUAGCACACCUACUGUACGUUGCCUAAAUGGUGAUCUUUUUCCGAGUGCGCUUUUUAUAUAUGUAUGGGAAAGCAUUCAAUUGAAAGCUGCAACGUACUGCCCGAAAGGAAUUAUUUUCGAACUUUUUUAUGUCAUCUGGUAUUGCAAAAGUUGUUUAAGUAACUCUUUCGAAUUGAAAGCCGCCUCGACGAAUUCGGUCAGUGUUUGAAGAGUUUCUGCGCCCAUUUCUCCGUUUGAGCAGGCAAUAUUUAUUCACCACCGAGGAGUAUUUAGUCCUGCUUGUGGUUGUUGUACCAUUUGAAAUGACUGAUUCAGCCGGCUCUGUGAUGCAGGAGGUUCAGGGAUCUGAUAAGGUUUGGUUGCCUAUUUCUCAACUCGACUUUCGGAUAUUGGGGAAUGUGGCAGGUUUCUUAAAACCCAAAGACACCUUUUCUUCGAGCAUAAGAUUCAAAGAUGUAAUUUGCUACCAAAUGAACACACGAAAGAAUAUUUUUGUGUAUCUUUUCUAUAAAAUUAAUUUGGAUCUGUAAGGCCAUCGGAAAUCAAAGGGAAAAUUCGCACUACAGUGCGUGACCGAUUUCAUGAAAUGUUGGCCGAAAUUCUGGAAUGCGUUUCCGAUUAGGAAGGAUUACUUAAGUGGGGUUGUUAUACCGAUUAUUAUGCAGCAUAACCCUAUAACAUUUCGGACUCGCCAGAAUGUCGGCUUUUGAAUGCACUUCUUUUUGCCAUCCUGCAGAAGCCUUACUCGGUAAAAAUGCCUACAUAAGUAGCAUGCAUGUUUCCUAUUGAUUUUCGAUGGUCUUAUAAAUUCAAACAUAUUUUAUAAAGAACAUGCACAAAAAUAUGAUUUCUUUUGUUCAUUUGGUAGGAAAUCACAUUUUCUUCAUAUUUUGUGCCCGAAGAUUGGUUUGGUUUUAAAAAAAGUUUCUAAUUAUGAGAUUUUUAAGACCGUGCGAUGUCCAUGCAUGCAAGACCGCAUAUGUCCGAUUACUAAUGUUCCUCAUGAAAUGUACAACACAGUCCGGAUCCAUUGCAAAAUUUCAUGAACUCUAUGUGGUAUCUUCUUAAAGGCAUAGAGGAAUAUAUGAUUCCCCUUGUAGACUGAAACUGCUAAAUGCUGAUGCAAUGGCAGAUCGGGCUGGAAAUUAUUCGGGAAUUGGGACACCUUUUUAAAACCAAAAUGUACCCCUUCUUCGGACUUGAAAUAUGAAGGAAAUGUGAUUUCCUACCAAAUGAGCAAAAGAAAUCAUAUUUUCGUGCAUGUUUUCUACAAAAUAUAUUUGAAUUUUUAAGACUAUCGAGAACCAAUAGGAAAAAUGCAUGCUACAUAAGUUGUCAUUUUUACCAAGUGUGGUUUUUGCAGGAGGUCAAAAAGAAGUGCAUUCAAAAGCCGACAUUCUGGCGAGUCCGAAAUGUUAUAGGGUUAUGCUGCAUACUAAUCAGUAUAAAAAGCCCACUUAAGUAAUCCCUCCUAAUCGGAAACGCAUUCCAGAAUUUCGGCCAACAUUUCAUGAGAUCGGUCACGCACUGUACUUUGGCAGUCAUUUGUUUUCAGGUGGCCGAAGCGAAGUACAUUCUAGUGGGACUGAAAUAUCUAGAGGCUAUACUGUACAAUAAUCGAUACUACAACCCUACCUAAGUAAUCCUUCCUAAUUAAAAACGCAUUUCAGUAAUUUGGUCAGCAUAUCAUGAGGUAGGCCAGUUAUGGUUAAUGUGCCCAGCUCCCACCUUCUGCUAGUAUCGCUGACUGGUAGGGAUAGCCUAGUUUGAUUUAAUUCGCGUGGACACUAGAACGUUCUUCUGUAAUAUAUGGCUUUGUAAAAUAUUCAAGUCCUGAAAACUGCCAGUGUUGUUUAAUUCUUGGAUUCCUGACCGCUAUACACUAGCAAAGUCGAACUCCCACUUGGAUAGCUGGACGCUAACACUGAUGUCUUUCCUACCUUUCAGCGCUACCCCUUUCUCGCCAAAUCCCUAGCCAGCACUCUCAUUUCGCAACGCGCAUCGGUGCCUUUCCGAAGGCUGGACGAUAUCAGCCGUGUACGCAUCCUGCAAAGUGUUCUGACCAAUGACCUCAGAAAUCCAGACCCCGACAGUCUUGGGUAAUAAUGCCGAAAGCCAAAAUGAUUUCUCCGCUGGGUACCCUUUAACCGUGUGCUCCACUUACGCGUACUCAUUAUUCACUUUCAGACUGGUGACAGUCAUUACUGAGUGUAAUCCAUCACAGCCAUACCCGUCGCCGCCCUACCAGCCCCCUCAUCGUCCGUUGCGCCAAGAACCCACUCCACCACCAAACCCCACUACCGCCUACGCCAAUGACCUACUCCAUCUCCUCGCCCAGACAGAGCUUUUGAAGGCAUGGAACGCCUUCUGCAGUCAGCCCCUCCAACGGCCUGGCGACAUUCGUCCACCGCACAAAUUUCGCCUAGCAACUUGGAAUCUUGACCGAUUUUCUCUAGCCAAGGCUUGCCAUCCUGGCUUCCGAGAAUGCGUUUGCCUAACGAUUGUCAAAAAUGACAUCGAUAUCAUCGCGUUUCAGGAGAUGUCUGGCGCCGACGCCGUUGAUCGAGUAAGCCUGAGACACGCUCCUUAUCGCAAUCUACGCUUGACCUUGAAAUUGACCGUCUUGAUCUUCUAACAGCUGACGUCUGAACUCAACUCCCCUACUCUGCCCAAUGUUCGUCGAUGGUUCGAGAUGCAGGACCCUGGCUACAAGCCCCAGUGGUCGGCGGUCACUUCUAAGGAGCCUACGGGAUUGACAUUUCAGGGAAAGGAAUACUCGGCUUUUCUCUACCGCUCCGAUCGUGUUCAGCUCACCUCUUGCGGUAUUCUUGGGAGGGUAUCAACAGAAGAGGGUGCUCCAACUUCUUGUGGUGACAAGACAUUUGCCCGCGAUCCCUUCAUGGGAAAAUUCAAGGUAUUUCAGCCUUAUUUCUGACCCCAGUUAACUAACAUUGAUAACCUAAUAAGGUCAUCAUCCGGCACUAAAGUAAGAUCAUCCUACCUCGUAUGCAAUCCAUAAUAAUGUUAGUUCGACUGUCAUGAACGGCGAUGUCCGCCGUGUGCCGCACAGCGUGGCGCGCACAGAACGGGGACUUGUGCGUGAGUUACAGUGAGUGACCGAUCUCAUGAAAUGUUGACUGAAAUUCUGAAAUGCGUUUUCGACUAGGCAGGAUUACUGGGACACGGUUGUAAUACUGAUUAUCUUGCGGCAUAAUCCUAUAAUAUUUCGGACUUGGCAAGAUGUCAACUUUUGAGUACACUGCUUUUCAAUCUCCUGUAGAAACCGUACUCGGGGAAGAAUGACUACUUAAUUAGCAUGCAUUGUUCCCAUUGAUUUUUGAUGGUCUUGCAAAUUCAAAUAUAUUUUGUAGGAAACACAAACAAAAUAUGCUUUCUUUCAGUCGUUUGAUAGCAAAUCAUGUUAUUUUUAUAUUUUAUACUCCAAAAAGAAGUAUAAUUAGGUUUUAAAAAGUUUCUAAUUAUGAGACUUUCUAAGACCGCGCAAUGUUUAUUCAAAUAGCAUUGUACCUGUCAGUUUACCACUGCUCCUCAUGAAAUGUACCACAUAGUCCGCAUCCAUUGCAAAAUUUUAUGGAGUCUGUAUGAUAUCUGUUUAAUGGCAUAAAAAAUAUGUGAUUUUCUUUACCCUGAACGCAUGCACCUUGUAGACUGAAAUCACAAAGCGCUAGUGCGACGACUGAUCAGGCUCCAAAUUAUUCGGCAAUUAGAGAACUUUUUUAAAACCUAAUUAUACUCCUAUCUUGAGUAUAAAAUAUCAAGAAGACGUGAUUCUCUAUUAAUUGACUGAAAGAAAGCAUAUUUUUGUUUGUGCUUUUUCUAAAAUAUAUUUGAAUUUGCAAAACCAUCGAAAAUCAAUGGGAGAAAUGCAUGCUACUUAAGUAACCACUUUUUACCGAGUACGGUUUCUACAGGAGAUUGAAAAGCAGUGUAUUCAAAAGCUGACAUCCUGCCGAAUCCGAAAUGUUAUAAGAUUAUGCCGUAAGAUAAUCAGCAUUACAACCGCGACCAGGUAGUCCUUCCCAAUCGAAAACGCAGUUCAGAAUUUCAGUCAACAUUUCAUGUGAUCGGUCACUCACUGUAGUUUAUAAUGAUUACGGACUUAUGCAACAUCUGGUGCUCUCUCCCUCCCUCUUGGGCCGGGUGGCGAGACGGAGUCAGGAUGACCGGAGACGAGCUCGAACGCAGUGACUGACAAAGCUAGAUAGCCCGUCUGCGCUUGCCACACGCGACCGAGUCCGUGCACAAUGGACCAGGAGUUUCACAGACUCGGAUUCCAUCUGAUUGGGGGUGCCAUAGGUGCCACUGCAGCCCAAGCCUUCAUCCUGAGAAGACCGAGUUAUCCCCUCAUCCGGCAACCUUCUAAGCCACGGCCUUUAUCACACCGUUGCAGCUGUUCAGGCGUCGUUGACCGGUAUCACCCUUGCAUCCAGGUGGGAGUCACCACUGUGAGGAAGCACAUUUCUGAACCCGACGAAAUUCCACAGAAGCUACGUGGCUAAAAUCUGGCAUCAGUCUAGUGGAGAAGUCCUAUUCUCUCUCCCUAGGACAUUAGUUGAUCACACGCCGCAGAAGUUUGACGCAUUGGGCCACCAAGCUCUGUCUCAUUUCCAAGCCCCCGAAAUGAAAAAAAUUCCCCGCAAUCGGUUCCCUGUUCGAGACCCCUCUACCACGAGAAGAUGCACCUAGGUCUCUCUGAGAGGCUAAUCAAGUCAGUUUUCAAUCAGUAUGCAUUCUCCUAGUAUGUGAAAUUCAAUAUUGCCUUUAAGGGGCGUCCCCUCCCUGUGGUCCAAGUUCAGUACAGUCGACGAGGGUUAGGAACCACAACUACCCGCGCAUACUUGAGAACCCUCUGAAUACGCUUAUAACUGUCCGUUUUAAUGUUUGACCACCAAAUAUACCUCAAGCUAUUAUUCCAAAACGCUUUGAUAUUAUUUCAUAGUUAUCUUACAAUGUUAAGGCCGACUCCAUCCUCACUGUGCUCUCAUCACGUACAGUGGAAACCGUCCUGGCACUGCCGCAGAAGCCAACAUCCACGGUCUUCCUCACUUCUGCGACUCGCUUCUUGGUUUGCCGGAUGAUACUCUCAUUUUACGUUACAAUAGCAAACUAG